AUGGGCCUUGUGGAGGAGGUGAGCGCGGAGGAGCUGGAGUGUAAAAUCUGCUACAGUCAGUACGACCUGCAGAGUCGGAGGCCCAAGAUGCUCGAGUGCUGCCACAGUCUGUGCUUCAAGUGUCUGUGCAAGAUGCUCGAUGUGGGAGAUGCUUUUCCCACAGAAGCCGUGUGUCCCUUCUGCCGCUACCCCACCACCCUGAGGGGCAACUGCGUGAGCGAACUGCCCGACAACUGCCACCUGCUGUCGGCUCUGAGCAUGCACGGGCCAGCCAAGAAGAACCUGCAGGUAAAUCCUACACAGAAUCAAACCCACAGCCCAGAAGAACCUCCAGAAGAACCUGCAGCCCAGAAGAACCUCCAGAAGAACCUGCAUGUAAGUCCUACACAGAACCAAACCCACAGCCCAGAAGAACCUCCAGAAGAACCUGCAGGUAAGUCCUACACAGAACCAAACCCACAGCCCAGAAGAACCUCCAGAAGAACCUGCAGAACCAAACCCACAGCCCAGAAGAACCUCCAGAAGAACCUGCAGGUGGCUACGGAGCUGCUCCUCAACCCCCGAGCCCUGUCCUCUCUGGUGGGCCACAGCUCUCCUCUGGCCCCCUCCCUGUCCUCCAGCUCGUCCAGCACCACCUUCUCGUCGCUGAGCAGUUCUCCCAGCUUCGUGCUCAUCACCAUCAUGGAGCCCCGGCCUGGCCCGCGCCUCACCUCCAGCCUGGACUCCCUGGUGUCCCUGUCCCGCAGCUGGGGGGCGCUGUUGUGGCAGAGCUGGGCCCGUGUGCUGCUCUGGGCGCUGGGGUUGAUCUACUUCAGCUCUCUGCCCGUGGGGGUCUACCUGCUCCUGCUGCAUAGGCCCACCUUGGGAGUCCUGAUGGUGAGCCUGGUGCCCGCCACCCUCGUCCUGGUCAUGGCCUACGGUCUGUGCCAGUGUCUGUGGCACGAGCUCCGCCACUGCCUCAACCACAACUGA